UUAAUGAAAUUGCAGGUAAUUGAAAAAGUAGACAAAAUGUCGCUUUAUUUUACACUUCUUAUGGUUGUCUGUUCAUUUUUUGGAUUAAUACUUUUUAAUAUUUCACCGAUGUGGUACAAUGUUGCAAAUGGAGUAUUUAAAAAGGAGUAUCGUGCAAAUGUGUCAGUGCGAUUCUCAAUCAUUUAUGAGUACCCUGGCUUCAAGCCGGAGGAUUAUUUUGUGUUCGUAACAUAUCUUAAUGUGUAUUUGUCAUAUGCGUGUACGAUAUCUAUCUGCGCGAUAGACUUAUUACUGUGCCUUAUGGUUUUCCAAAUAAUUGGGCACAUUCAAAUACUGCAAAUGAAUCUUGAUGGUUUUUCGAGGCCUAAAAAUGAGAAAUCAGCAAUCGUUGUUUAUCAAAAUCAAUCGAUUAACAAUGACAAAUUUGAUGAAGAGGAAAAUAGAUGUAUUCAUCGUAACCUUAUUGAAAAUGUGGAGCAUCAUAGAUUUAUUGUGAGGACUCACAAGCUUUAGCUCGAUUCGGACCCUUAACAGUUAUAAGUCUAGCACAAUUAAUAGAAAUUUCAGUUAUUUUUGAAAUUAUUGGAUCUUUGAGUGAGAAGCUUAUUGACAACGUGUAUGGGUUGCCCUGGGAAUGCAUGGAU